UCGGCUCCCGGCGCGCCCCUCCCGUCUCCCCCCAAAAAAGUUUGAGUCGCCACUGCCCGGCUGCCAGCGGAGUCGCGCGCCGGGAGCUACGGAGGGCAGAGAAGUCAUGGCUUCUCCGUCCAAAGGCAAUGACCUGUUUUCGUCUGAUGAGGAGGGCCCGGCAAUGGUGGCCGGGCCAGGCCCGGGGCCUGGGGGCGCCGAGGGGGCCGCCGAGGAGCGCCGCGUCAAGGUCUCCAGCCUGCCCUUCAGCGUGGAGGCGCUCAUGUCGGACAAGAAGCCGUCCAAGGAGGCGUCCCCACUGCCAGCCGAAAGCACCUCCGCCGGGGCCACCCUGCGGCCGCCGCUGCUGCUGCCCGGACACGGCGCCCGGGAAGCGCACAGCCCCGGGCCUCUGGCAAAGCCCUUCGAGACAGCCUCGGUCAAGUCGGAAAAUUCGGAAGACGGAGCGGCGUGGAUACAGGAACCCGGCAGAUAUUCCCCGCCGCCAAGACACAUGAGCCCCACCACCUGCACCCUGCGGAAACACAAGACCAAUCGGAAGCCUCGCACACCGUUUACCACGUCCCAGCUCCUCGCUCUGGAGCGCAAGUUCCGCCAGAAACAGUACCUCUCCAUUGCAGAGCGUGCAGAGUUCUCCAGCUCUCUGAACCUCACAGAGACACAGGUCAAAAUCUGGUUCCAGAACCGACGGGCCAAGGCAAAAAGACUGCAGGAGGCAGAACUGGAAAAGCUGAAAAUGGCUGCAAAACCUAUGCUGCCCUCUGGCUUCAGCCUUCCCUUCCCCAUCAACUCACCCCUGCAAGCAGCAUCCUUAUACGGAGCGUCCUACCCUUUCCAUAGACCUGUGCUCCCCAUCCCGCCGGUGGGACUCUAUGCGACUCCAGUGGGAUACGGCAUGUACCAUCUAUCCUAAGGAAGACCAGCUCAGUAGACUCCGUGAUGGAUGUUGGUUUAAAUGGCUUCCCCCUCCCUCUCUGAGAAGGCAGACCAAGCCAAUAUUCCUGCUCUGCAAAGCUUGCAUGCGCCACCCUAAGCGCUAGGCAGACAAGGGCACAGACAUAGUUCGAAUUUGUUCCUUAGGCUGGAGGCACCAAGCCCUGUAUUCUUGGUGUAAUCUCCCAGAUGACCCAUUAUCCUUUCACAAAGAUUGGCUCUGAUGGUUUUCAUAUAUAAAUACAUAUAUAAUAAAUAUAAUACAUUUUUAUACAGCAGACAUAAAAAUUCAAAGUAUUUUGGAAAACAAAUUUUGUAUACAUACAUAUGUUUAUGUAUAUCACCUUCCUAAAAGACUGCUUAUGUCCAUUUAUUUUUUUCUUGUAGUGGGAGACAAAUUAUUUGCUGAAAUUGCUGAGGUUUGGUGAUUUUGAUGGUGUGAUUGACUUUUGGUUUUGGAAAGCAAGUAUUAGAAUUAGACAUAAUAUGCAUAGGACAUAGAUAUGGAGAGGUUCCUCAAAGUGAUGGGGGCACAUCUUGCUUAUGCAUUUUUACUUGCAUUAAAAAACUCAUUAGAUACUACCACAUUUGGCCCUAUUUUUCCCCUUGCACAUUGCUACACAUUUUUAAAGUUUUACGUGUUUCGUGGUAAGAUCAAUAAAAGGGGGAUGAGAAGAAUCCUGAUAAUGCCUCGGGAUAAGGUGGAAGGUGGAAGUACUUCCCAGUACCUCUCUAGGCUGUUUCUUAACUCCGUUUCAGAUAAUUUGAGAGUGAAAAGUUAAAGCAUGUCGGGAAAGAUCAAUGGUUUCUUAAAUACUAGGUACGUGUCAAUCCUCACAGAUUGCAAAGGUGAUUUGGGGAUGGGGAGUGUAGUUAAUUCUCUGCUUUAAAAAAAUGAAUGUCGUAUAACUAUUACCUAUAUGCUAAAUAUUCUUGAACAAUGGAUAGAUCCAGAAAGAAAAAAAAUCAUGCUUUUCUCUAUGUGUGUACCUGUUGUAUGUGCUAAACUUAUUAGAGAAAUCUAUAUACUUAACAUGUUGGGGGCAGAGGGUAAAGCCAUGUUUUGACUUGCAAAAAAUGGUGUUGUCAGACAGCCCAUUUAGCUCCCCGGCAUUUCAUCUUUCUAUCUCCCCUCAACUCCAUCCCCACUCCCCCACCAUCAGAUACACUUUUAUCCCUUUGAAAGGGUGCCUUGUGUAAUUUUAUAUAUUUUAUUGAAGAGUUAUUUCUUAUCUCUUAUUCUGAAUUAAAUUAAACGUUUGUUUUAUUGCA